AUUUCACCAAGGAAGGACAUACGAGGAAGCGCUAAGAUCUUAAACCAGGCAAGUAAAAAGUUACUACAGCAGUUAAUACAAAAUACACGAUCCGAUUUGCACCGCGUUAAUCAAGACAUUGAGGCGUCAUCCCAUGAAUUAAAGAUAGAUUUAACUACAUUUGAUUUUAAUAAUUGCAUGAAAAUACUAGAUGAGCGCGAAAAAUCUAAAUAUAAUGAAUGCAAAAACAGACAAAUAAUCAAAUUUGAAAAACUAACGUCUAAAUCAAAUGUCCAAAAUAACACACGAAAAGAAAACGGAACGCGCCCGUUACCUGCGAGCCAAUCACGCGCAGUUGUCAAUCUAUCAAAAAAUGUCUUGGAUGAAAAUACGGUUCAAGUGUUAUCGAAAGGCCUAAAUUUUGCUGUAACACCUCGAAAAAUACCGGUAGAAAGCAUUAUAUGCAACGUGGAAGACUGCCUGUUUAAAAAUAAAAUCAAUAAACAUGAUUCGGAGGCGAUACGUCAGGACAUUUCGUCUGUAUUACGUCGCAACAUACUGCCCAAACCGAAUCUAAAUAAAAAUCAAUAUCUAGCGUUAAAAAACCUUCGCGACAGGCCUGAAUUAACAAUUCUACGUGCAGAUAAAGGUAAUGCUACGGUGGUGAUGGAUACGUCAGAUUACAAUGAUAAAAUACAAGACCUUUUAUCGGAUGUAAGUACAUAUAAACAAGUGAAGACCGACCCCACAACAAAACAUUGAAAUCAACUAGUGAUUUGAUAAAAAGU